AUGGCUCUCCAGCGGCACGCCAGCUCCUGGAUCGGUCCCGGAGGGGCAGCCAAGAGUCUGGGGAAGACGCUGCGUACGUUCCAGCCUGCCAUCCAGGAGCUGACCCAGGUGUCUGCCGAGCUGCGCAGCACGCUGGAAAGGGAGAUCGGGCUGGACGAGGUGAGGGAGGACCUACGCUCCGUCACUCGGCCCCGGGCGCCCUUCAAGACCCUGGAGCUGGACGAGGACGAUCGCGGCGUGGGGGAAAAGAGACUAGCGAGCGUGGGCCCCCCAGCCGCAGAGGAGGACGUCGACAUCGAGGCCAAGCGGCGAGCCUCUGCCGAGCUGGCGUGGGGCAAGGCUGGGGGCCAAGGGGGGGAGGGCCUCACCGGCUCGGCCGCCGACGCGGUGCAGGGCCUGACCGGCACGGUCGCGGACGCGGUCCAAAACCUGACCGGGUCCACCUCCGAUGCGGUGCAGGGCCUGGCCCAGGGCAGCUCCAGCGCCGUGACGGAGGAGGCGAGGCUGGCGGCCGAGCAGCUGGCGGCCACGCGGGAGAGCCUGGUGGGCAGCGUGGCGCGCUACUACGACCUGCUCCCGCCCGAGGCGCAGAGCCUGCUUGGCGCCGGUGGCAGCGCGCUCCUGCAGGCCGCGCAGUGGACGGCGCAGAGCCCGCCCGCUGCCGCGGGUGCCCUCCUGCUCCCCACUUUCUUGCUCUGGCGCGCAACGCGGGGUGGGUUCUCCGGCACGCUCUCCGCCGAGGACCUGGCGGCCGCCCUGGCUGCGCCCGGAAAGGGCGGAAUACUGGUGGUGGACAUCCGCGAGGCCGGCACGCGUGCUUCAGAGGGCAUCCCCGACCUGGGCGACGGCGAGGGCUGCGCCGCCGUCGCGCUGUCCGUGCCCACGCUCGACCCCGGCCUGGUCAAGAAGCUGGCGGACCCGCAGGGCGUCGCGCUGCGGACUCUGGGCCUGGAGAUCGCGAGGCUGAAGGCCCUCCAGCGCGGCACCAAGCUGGUCAUCCUGGACUCGAGGGCGGGGGGUCCUGGGGCGGCCCAGCCAGAGGCCGCCGGCACGCGGGAAGCCAGGCGGGAGGGGGCCGGGACAGGGUCCUCCCGGGAGCGGCCGGCGGCCGCCAGGCCGGCCGGUGCAGGCGCCACGCCGGUGGUCGGAACGCUGGACACCGUGGACGUACCGGAGGCACCUGCCACUACCACGGCCGAGGCUGAGAGGGGCGGCGCUGGUUCACGAGUCGACCAAGGCGGGGUGGAGAGCGAGCGGGCGGGGUCGCGCCAGGGCGGCGCCGCCGCCUCGCUGCGGGAGGGUGGACGGACCUCAGCAGGCGAGGCAGCCCUGGCCGGCGAUGGCGCGGCGCCCUCCAAGGAUCCUGUCCUGGACCCGAGCAAGGAGGUGCCGACGCCGGAGGCCGCGGGGAACCUGGAUGUGCCCAGCAACCCGCGGGGCAGCCGCACAACUUCGGGCGAGGAGGGUGCCGACAAGACCGCCGGCCACUGA